AUGCACACCAACGUCGAGAAGUUCGAUCCCCGAGUCGAAGAGGUGUUCAAGGGCGUGCAGGUAGUAUCCGCGAUGUGCGAUGCUUUCGCGCACGGCGCUUUCAGCGUGGCCAACGUUACAGGUCCCAUCGAUGUGAUCUACAUGGUCUACCUUCACGGCGGAGUUCCGGUCGAAGGCACGCCCACCAAGGACACGAUGGAAUGCAUCAUUCUGUUCGUGGCGGCCGUGGGCAUGGUCGUCGGCCUGUGGACGUACGGCCACAAGGUCAUGACCACCAUCGGGGCCAGGAUCGCCAAGAUCACCCCUUCCCGCGGCUUCAGCAUCGAGCUCGGAGCGGUCUUGGUCAUGAUCACGUGCACUAGGACGAAGGUUGGGGCCACCGUGGGGGUCGCCCUGCUAGAGGGUAAACUCGGGCUCAAUUUCCCGAUGUUGUUCAAGAUCGUCGUCGGGUGGGGCGCAACCGUUGUGAUCUGCGGGCCCGCGUGCGCCCUGUUCUUCGUCCAGGGGGUGUACGCGCCGUUCGCGUAUGACACGGUAGAUUGACGCGACGACAGCGGUCUUGCAACUACGCCAUCAAUGAUGACGCGGUCCGUGUGGUGGUCGUUUCCCUUUACGUGUCUUCUUGCUGUUUUUUUGGGCGGCGGUUGUAUGUUCAACGUCUUCACCAUCUGCUCCAUGCACGACCGUGUAAGCCAUUUAUUGUACAGCAGGCCACGCAGUCGAUGGAGGAAUGAAAGGGUUGGGUUCGGCAGACAUGGGGGGCUUGGGGAGAAACACACAAACAGUAGAUAUAGUUUAAGAAGCUAGAGGCAUGCGGGUUUUGCCUCUACUUUUGUGGAGAAUCAGUGAAUUCACUCUCGAGAGUUACGUACGGAGUGGUGUUCCGUUUUACCUUCGGGUUUGAGUCCCGCUUUUAUACCGUAGUUCAGCUCUCUGUGUGUCAGAGAUGGCAUACUUCCAAGCCUCCCCGAGGCGAUGUUGUUGACUUACCGCUUAGCCGUUGCGGGAUACGGUUUUUUACUUUCAUUUCCCAGCAUAUACGAUGGGAAUUUUUUAUUUUGUCUCCGUUGCCCGAUGUGUAGCCAGCCGACGUCGGAUGUCUGGGAGUUUUUUUUUUUUCCGUGGUUGUUGCCAUGGAUUUUCUGGAUCCUUGUAUCUAGUCUCUUUACUUGUUGGUGCGCCCUUUUGAGUGGUUGGUUGUGACCACGGGAGGUGUGUGUCCGCGUCAGUUGGACCGAUACGGGUGCUCGACGGAACUGGGCAAUUAAACGGCGAAGACGGAUUUUGAAUCAAAUCAAAGUGGUUUAUGGUACUACAUACAGUAUUUGCGAGAUAUUUGCUGACAACAACUCCUCUAGUGUUUCGAGCGGCGGUGUCAGUUUCGUUUUUGUUUUUCAUGUGCGUUUCUUGGGGGCUGUUGGCUGUCGGGGCAGGGGUGGUUCCGGGUCUGCGAGUUCGGUCUCCGUGGUGUAGCUAGAUGGUUUGGUAGGCCCGCUUUGAGGCCUGGCGAGGUGAACAGCUCUCUCGCAGAAUCAAUCCUCGGUGUCCCCGCGCUGCAGAGGUUGAUAUCCGUGACGUUUGCGUUGAUUGGCGUGCGGUGUCCAGUAGAUGUGCUCUCCACGCUAUUUCUGUGUGUUUACGUGGGUGGUGUUUAGGCGAUGUGCCAGCCUGCUCUUGUACUCUCACUGAACAGUAUUGGAUUCUCGGCCAUCGGCGUGUAUGUCCGUUCAACAAACGGCGAUUUGGGUGUAGGCGAGGCAUUGAAAAUAUUUGUGACGGCUAAAUAGUACGUCUGAUCAUUUCACUGAGCGUGGCUCGCAGUUUUCUGAUUGGCCAAAAAAGCGGUGCAUGGCGUGGCCGUUUCGGCCACGGCUGUGUCUGGUUGCUCCUGAAUCACUAUUUCG